AUGGGUGGGCCACGCUGCCCCGACUCAAGCGGUAGCGGAACGGUCGAUCAGCCAGAGCAGCGAGACGGCGAGUUCCAACCACAGCAUUUCCGGCGAUUCGAGAUCCUCAAAAGUUCGACCCUGGGACUGGUUUACCCGCAGAACCUCCGGCUAGAUGUGGUCGAUGUUGAUGAACCUACAUCCAUUUACCUUACGUCGUCCACGCCCAGAUUUGUCACCAGUCUGAUGAAAUGGUGGAAGGUCAAAGUCCUGCCACCACCAUCGUGCGAGAUCUACUCGACCAAUCUGGAUUAUGCCUACCAUGAGCAGCAGUAUGGAAAUGAGACCACCGGGGCUUCUGACCGGAGAAUCUCGGGACAUUCACAGAAGCCAUACCCUGUGGCUCAGAUCAAGUACCCGGGCUGGGAAGGCAUGAGCUGUCUGAAGUUGACAGACGCUGUACAACUUCACACCGGCCAUGCACUUCGAUCCUGCACUGCACUAGCGGCACGACGAUAACUCGGAGAUCCGCCAGCGCUGGACCAUGGAACGAGUUGGCUGCAAGCGGGAAUACGAAUGACCUCCACGACCACCACGAGUCUACAUCCAACAUACACGAGGCGCAGUAGACCCAAGUCUGAGAUCCUGACCCUUCUGGCGUGGACGAUGGCCAUGCUGCGGCGAACGGAGAUCUGUGUUUCGAAGACCACACUGGUGGUGUUGUCGCCGUGUACAAGCAAAGACGUGACUAUUGGGUCCUUGGGGCUCUGAGGAUAUUCCCACAGACUCUGGGUCUGGCUGCCGACACCAACGUUCAAAACUGGGAGCUCGGAAUUGACAAUGUUUCUGUCAUGAGGCUGUCGUUCGCCAGCUGUUUAGCCGGUGUCUUUUACGAGCGGGUAGAAUACCUGGCUUUGCUGGGAUACUGA